UAUCUGCAUCCUAUGCGAAAUCAAUCAGUGUGCAUUUAAAUUCCGUUCAAAGUUGACGCUUUUGAAACACAGUGCUCGCAAUAUCUAUAUUUUUUAUUGAAAUCAAAGUUAUAUGCAUAUAGAGAUAUACUAAAUAUUGGGUUGUAACGAAAAUGAACUCCAGAAGGAAUAUCGUUGUUCUACUUGCAUUAACUUGGAGUGUUUUCGGUGCAGUUUCUGCGGAAGAGAGUUAUGGAGUGUGCCAAACACCAAACGACGCUCCCGGCGAAUGUAUGUUAAUACAAAAAUGCACUGAACUUUAUAACACGGCCGUUAACCCCAAUUUAGAAAAAGAGGAAUUACUAUUUUUAAGGCGGAGUAAAUGUGGUGAACUUGGCAAAAGUAUUCUGGUUUGCUGCCCUAAGCCUCAACAACCUGAUAUCAAUAUUUUGGAACGAAAACCAGAAUAUGAUUGCGAAACUCCGAAUGGAAAAAAAGGACGUUGUAUUUAUAUCCUUGAAUGUGGUUCUUUAUUACCGUUAGUCAAAGAAAAUGUAACACCAAAUGAAAUAGAUUUCUUAACGAAAAGCGUGUGUAGACAGGGAACACGACAGGUAUGCUGCCCCGACCCGCCGAAGAUUGAUCGGGAAGAAUUGCUUUUGCCCCCGAAUUGUGGAAAAACUUCUUUAGCGGGGCGCAUUUAUGGUGGAACCGCGGCGGAUAUUGAUGAAUUCCCAUGGACGGCUUUGCUUAUAUACACGAGAGCAAAUGGUGAUACAACUUUUCUUUGCGGUGCUAGUCUCAUUAAUGAUCGCUAUGUUGUAACGGCAGCACAUUGUGUUAGCAAAGAAGUAAUUCCUCCAAAUUGGCGCCUAACUGGAGUUCGUUUGGGUGAAUGGGAUCUAGAGACACCACAAGAUUGCCAAUUUGAUAAAAAGGGUAAUCAACUUUGUUCGGAUCCACCUAUUGAUUUAAGUAUUGAGGAAGAAAUAUGUCAUCCACUGUACAAUGAAACGACAAAAAAAUAUGAUAUAGCCUUACUGCGUCUUCAAGAGAAGGUCAAUUUCAAUAAUUUCACCACUCCUAUUUGUCUACCGGGCAGCGCAAGCUCUUCAGCAAGUAAUUACGAGGGCGUAGCUAUGGGCAUUGCAGGUUGGGGAAUAACGGAACAAUUUAAUAAGAGCCUAAAGAAAUUAAAAGCAUUGAUACAAGGAGAAAACCUGGAAAGAUGCAAAGCCAAAUACCGUAUGGACAUAGAUAAUACUCAAAUAUGUGCGGGCGGUGAGAAAGGUGUCGACUCGUGUAAUGGUGACUCUGGUGGACCACUAAUGUUUGUCCAAUCAUUCCACGGAAGGGAAUCAUUCUUUCUGAUUGGAGUCAUUUCAUUUGGUCCGACGCCUUGUGGACAAAAAGGAUUCCCCGGCGUUUACACUCGAGUGGAUACUUUCAUUAGCUGGAUACAAAAUACCAUUAGAAAAUAAAAUACUUAAUUGUAAUAUGCACUUUUAUUUUAUUGAUUAUAGAAGUUUUCCGAUAGAGAUAUUGUGUUAAAGUAUGUUUAGUUAACGAUGUAACACUAAAAUUCAGUAGUUUAGUUACAAACUUGACUCUAUAUAUUAAGAACUGUUACGUUAAUCCCUCAAUGAGCGUCGCAAGCUUAUGUCCACAUCAUCCAAAUAAAAAUAAUAAAUCAUA